AUGAAUCAUAAAUCUUGCCUUGACUACAUCAACGAAGAGGUUGGAGAGUGUUCAACUACUCGUGCUAAUAAUGCAGACGCUUCAAAUAAUUCAUCACAUUACAACUGUCGCGAGAAAAACCAAAAUUUAAUCAACAUGGGUCAGAAAUUGCAGCAAUUUUAUGACGAAAUUCUUUCUCAGAAAAUAAUGCUUUCCGAUCUCAGUGAGUCUAAUAUUAGAGAAGCACGUGAGUGUAUCGAACAUAAACGCAAUCCCAACGUCAUGGAUGUCGAUAGCCUUAUCGAAAAUAUUCAGAGCAAUAAAAGAUCACCAAGAGAUUAUUACAUGAUCAAAUAUUUAUUAGACAAACGCCCGGGUGCCUUUUCUAACAAUGACUUGCGCAGGAUUAUUGUGGAACUUUGCAAACCCUCAAUAUAUGAAGAUCAUGUUGAAAUGACUACGAUUUUGUUGGAACUGAAUCUACGAGCGUUAUUAUCCGCCAUUCAAACAUACAAAAACUCUGGGGCAAUUCCCACUCGAAAGUAUCGCGAAGAAAUUUUUGGUAAACUCGCGGAAUUUGCGAACUUUCAUUUUAGCAACUCGAAUAGUGCUCUCAAUAUAAUUAAGAAAGAUUCACAAUCAGUGUCUGAGAUUUUUGCUGAGGUUGAUAUUGACAUCACGGAUAGCAAAGUAAAGAGGCUUCUAAGGAAUAACAACAUUGAUUUCCUUUUAACUGUACUUCGUGAUACAGUUCACGAUAUGGAGGAUGAUAAAAACGUAAGCGCUGAAGUGUUGCGGAAAACGUAUCAAGUAACAACGCUUCUCCUAAAUAGUGUUCCCAAAUCAAUUGUUCCUAUUAAUAUUGUACCAUUAAAUAAUACUGAAACUAGUUUGCUUGGUCAGUUACGCAAUAUAUCUAGUUCAAGAUGUAAGUGGUAUUCUAAAUGGAAACAGUUAAUGGAGAGAAAGGAAAAUCUUUUCAAAUCGAUCUUGGAAAAUGACAAUAUCGAUUUCCAAGAAUCACAAGAACGGGAAUUACUUGAGGAGCUCUGGCUUUAUGGAUCAGUAGAAUGGUCAAAUCAAUGUCAAGACAUUAGAUGCGAGAUGCAAGAGACUUGUAACGCAAGAGCACAAGAUUUAAAUGCACUUCUCGGAAAUGAACCAUUAAUUCAUCUAAAAUCUCUUUGGUUCGGAACUCUUGACAUCGCACAAGAACUAAUCACUUGGACUCAAUCAGUCAGGACUCUGGUUAUAAUUUAUUAUUUCGCUUUACAAUCUUUACUACAUGCACGUGAAACCUUCAUUCGUUCAAAAGCAAUUGAGAUUUUAAUUACUCUUUCCUGCAAACAUACAAUGCUCUUUUCUGAAUUUGAGUCCGAUUUUGAAGAAUUCUUGAAAGGUCUAAGAAGCAAUGGGACACAUAAACAAAAAAAAUACAACUUACUUUUUUGUAUAAUCAAACGUCGAUAUCAGUUUUAUCCAAAAAUGGCUAACGAAUUUCAAAAACUUCAGUUGAAAAAGAGUGAUGUUUUUAGUAUUCCAUUGAAAAUUAUUAGUAAUGAAAUAACUUGCCCAAUUACUCAAGAUCUCAGUGAAAACUUUCAAAUAUUGCCAUGUGGACAUUAUGUCAGUGAAGAAGGAGCGAAAGGGUGGACCGAAGAGUGCAAAAACAACAACAAAUUGUUUUCUUGUUGCAUCUGUCGUACCGAGUUUAAAUUCAAGGAAGUUGAAGAUGCACCAUCAUCCUGCUUACGUCGAGACUUAUAUCUGUAUUUGGAUUCUAUAGGAUAUAUAUCCAGACAAAAGACGAUUAUGACGUUUAUUCCACCUGCCGUCAUUAUUGGUGCCUCUCAAAAUUCUAGCGUUAGGAUAAGAGGUCUAGGAUUUAUUAAGAAAUGUCAUCCUGCCUACAGGAGUGCUGAAGUUGCUUUAAAGAAUGAGAAUUUUGAAUUGGCAAUAUAUUGGUUAGGUUGUGUUCUCAACACUUGGCCAGACAGCUACAGUGUACGCUGCAAACGAGGAUGGGCAUUGCAACAAAUGGGUGAUUUUCACCAAGCAAUUACGGAUUUGAAUAUUUCAGCACAUUUAAAACCUUUGAAAACCAAAGCAUGGCGACUCCUUGCCAAUUUAUAUUCAAAAAUAGGCAUCUAUGAACUGGCACUUCCUCACAUAUCUCGUGCUCUCGAACUCGAUCAAAAAAAUCUUCAUUUCUUAUUAAUACGUGGCACCAUUUAUAUAAAGUUACGACAAUAUGAACAUGCAUUUCGUGAUUUUAAUGUGAUUUUGGAAUUUACAUCUAAAUUAAAAAUCUCAACUCGAUUGAAUUCAACACUUCCAGCCGUUAUCGAAAUGAUUCGUUCCAAGAAUACAAGGCUUUUCCAACCUAAAAAUAAGUCUAUUGUCACCAACACUUUGAUAAAACGCAGUCAACUAUACUAUGAACAAUCUGAAUAUGAUUUAGCCGAGAAAGAUUUGGACAUGCUUUUGCAAUGGGACGGGAAUAAUUUUGAAGGAAUAAUUUUACGCGGGCGGAUUUUUUAUAGAAUAAAUCAAUAUCGUGCCGCCAUCUCUAAUUAUAACCGCGCCAUAGCUAUCGAUCAUAAAAAUGAAUAUGCAUUUAAUCUUCGGGCAUGGGCAAAGACAAAAUUGGGUGAUUUUGACCAGGCAAUUAAAGACUCGGAUUAUGCGCUAAAACUCAAUCCAAGAAAAGGAUAUUCGUAUCGUUUCCGAAGUAUGAUUUUACAAGAAAUGGAUCAGUUUGAGGCUGCUCUCGAUUAUAUAAGUGCAGCAUAUGCCAUUGAUAAUGUUGAACUAGAUCAUUAUUAUCAAUUGCUGGAUAUUUACUGUGAUACACAUCAAUAUUGGAAUGCAAUUUAUAUGCUAAGUGAUAUAAUUGAUUCUUACAAAAAGGAGAUAGAAGGUGGAGAUAUGUAUUAUGUUAACGCACUUAUUCAACGUGGGAUGAUCUAUAGUGUUUUACAAAACGAGGAAGAGAAAGCAUUUGAGGACUUUCGAGUAGUGCUGAAGAUUGAUCCGAAAAAUGAUAUAGCAUUGAGCUACCGUGGAGGUCUCUAUGCUCGCCUUCGUAACUUCGAAAUGGCAAUGAAGGAUAUCAAUGCAGCAAUCAAAAUUGAAUCAAAUGCAUACAGAUAUCAGGAUCGUGCUUAUGUUUACUAUAAGAUGGGUAAUUAUGAUUUGGCUCUUCAAGAUUUAGACGCAUCCGAGCGUUUUGAUUCCGAAGCUGCCAUUACUCUUAGGCGACGAGCAGAAAGAAGAAUGACAUGCCUUUAUAGAGGAAUAAUUUAUCAUAAACUGAGGGAGUAUGAAAAAUCAUUGGAAAAUAUUGAUGAAGCAAUAACAAUCUUGCACGAUGAUGAAAUAAUAAUUUCGCUUGUUGAACGAGCUUCUGUAUAUGUUUCAACCAAUCGACUGGGGGAUGCAUUAAACGAUUUAAAAAAGGCAUUUGUUAUUGAACCAAAGCACGUUUACAUGUCGAAGGCCUUGGCCAAAGGGAUUAAACUUUAUGGGACUAUUUAUAAGCUGCAUAGUCAAAGCACCAGUGCGAUUAACUGGAUAGCCCUCCACGAACAACAUUCCCUGAUACCACAGUUGACCUUGAAUAAACUUAAAGAAGAGAUUGGUGAUAUGGAUGGGGUAGUUGAAGGUGGGAAUGAGUUGGUUGA